AUGAUGACAUCCUUAAAACUUUUGGUCGUUUGUUGUUUUAUCGGAAUAACUUUUGCCCGAACUGAUGAAGAAUUAAAGAAAUGGUUCAUGGAUAUAGCCGUAGAAUGCAGCAAAGAACAUAAAGUUACAUCGGACGAGCUAAAACAGAUGAAGACCAGUAACAAAGUACCUGAAUCGUUUAGCGCUAAAUGCUUAGUAGCUUGCAUUUUUAAAAGAAUUGGAUGGAUUAACGACAAAGGCAUGUUUGACUUAGCUAAAGCAUAUGAGCUAUCUGAAAGAGAAUACGGUGACAAUAAGGCCAAAUUAGACAAAGCAAAGGAAUUAUAUGAAAUCUGCAAGACAGUCAAUGACGAAAAGUUUGACGAUGGUGAAAAGGGUUGCAAGAGGUCAAAUGUCUUAGCUACGUGCAUGAUUGAAAAUGCUCCUAAGCUGGGAUUCACAAUA